GAUGCCGUUCUCUGGAAAGACUUCGUUGUACAUCCACGAAGUCGGUUUUGGCAACGAAAAAAAUGUCAGACACUGACGAUUCUGGUGUCCUGGUGGAACACGAAACCAAAACGGGAGAUCAAUCCGCUCCGGCGGUUGUGGUUUCCGACGACGAGGUAGAGGCUCUCACUGUCGACGAAAAGAUUGAUUCCGGUCCGGGCAAAGAAGAGGACGACGACGCUGCUGCCACAGACGACGAAGCAAAGCCUCAGGCCCUCCAAAUUGUAUCGAUUGGGAGUGAAAAGGAUGCUUAUGCGUUCAAGUUUGAAGAGGAAAAGUUACAAGCGAUUUUGUCGCGAGUUCCAGUGGGAUGGGACGUUUCCAUCGUCUCCGUCGUCGGCGCCUUUCGAACGGGUAAAUCAUUCUUGUUGAGUUGGUUUCUGCGGUACCUUUACCAAGUGCAAGCAGAUCAAAAAAGCGAUGCUACAAAUACAGAACCCUGGUACGAACGCAUCGAAUCGCUAGGAAACGAAGGGUUUGAAUGGAAGGCAGGCAGCGAUAGAAAUACGACUGGUAUUUGGAUGUGGAGCCAUCCUCAUUUUAUCGAAACCGGGAAGGAACACCCGACCGCGGUUCUCUUGGUCGAUACGCAGGGAAUGUUUGAUCACGAAACCACCAUGUCGUUGACGGCAUCCAUUUUUGGUUUCAGUACACUGCUGAGCAGCUAUCAGAUCUACAACGUUGACAAGAGGAUUCAGGAAGACAACUUGCAGCAACUGGCACUCUUUAGUGAAUACGCGCGAACUGCCGUCAAUGACGGUAUUGAGGAGUCGAAAAAGGAGGGUGACGAUAACGAUUUACCCAAGCCCUUCCAGAAAAUCGAAUUUUUGGUUCGAGAUUGGCAGCACUUUGAAGAUGAAGAAGACGACGAGGAUUGCGAAGCCAUGGAAAAGUCCAUGGAGAAAUACUUGCAAACGGCAAUUGCUGACCGUGAUGCCAAGGAUCUCCAAGAUACACGCCAACAGAUUUUGUCGUGUUUUGCAAACGUUACGUGUUAUGGGCUCUGCCAUCCUGGAUUGGCCGUUACCAAAAAGAAGUUUUCGGGUGACGUGGAGUCAAUUCAGCCCUUAUUCAUGCACCUAUUGGAUCGAUAUUGCAAGCGAGUAUUUUCACCAGAUAACUUGGAAGCCAAGGUGAUACAUGGACGAACGUUGAGUGCAGCUGAACUAGGAAGCUACAUUCAAGCAUACGCGGAUAUGUUUGCGUCGGGAGCGAAGUUUCCCACGGCAGCUACAUUGUUGGAAGCGACGGCGUCGGCCAACAAUACCAACGCAGUUCACCUCGCGGUCACUGCCUACAAAGAAGAGAUGGAUCGAAUUGCCGGACCGCGCUGUAGCAACUACGUUCGACCGGAGGAGUUACAAGAAGAACACGGUAUGAUUCGCAGCAAGGCAUUGACUGUCUUUGAGUCCGUCGCCACAUUUGGCAGCCGAAACAGUAUUGAUCAAGCAAAGGGCAAAUUCCUCGAUCAAGUCGAGGAUAAUUUUCAAGUGUACGAAUCACUCAACACGGGACGGAACCCGCUAGCUGGCAUGGAAACAUAUUUAAUUCCUUUGGCCAUUGCUGCGGUUUCGGCGAUCUUGCGUUGGUUUACCGAUUUGACCUGCUCAUCGCACUCUGCCACGUGCCGAGCUAGCUCCGAGGUCCUGCAUCACAUUUACAUGGUCGUCUUUUUCUUUCUACUUAUUGUUGGCGCAACCAAAGCACAACAAAUUAAGCAAAUCUUGACACGAUUCCGCACCGCCUUGGAAGUCAUGUCGGACGGAAGCUCCAAGAAUACCAAAAACGACUAACUGUAAAUGUUACCGGUGUCAAAGAUGAGACGAAAGAUUAUUGAACGCCAAAUUGGAAUUGCGUAGAAACGAGACCAAUGAAGCCCGUCCAGUGCACCGCCCUACAGGAAGACAAACAACGAGUAUAGGCGAAAUCGCCGACGUGCAAAACGACGUCAAUAACUUAAAAAAAGAGGUCUACAGUCG